AUGGCCCCCAGCAGCGACGCAUCAACCGCGUUGCCACGCAACGGCGUCUACGAGGCUCUGAGGCUAUCGCGGCUCCCAGACAGCCAAAGCGACUCUCAGGAUGGCACCAAGAGGUUCAUAAGUCGUACUCCAGCCUGGAGACCCGGAGGUGAGCUUCCUUGGGAAAAAGUCAAUGCCGAGGCUUAUAAAAAGGGGACUAUGGUCGACUUUCCCCCGGGAGCGUUUGGAGGCCACGUUUUCGCCCAAGCACCUUUGGCAGCGGCCAGAGCGGUGGAGGAAGACGACGCUGGCGGCAAUGGAAAUGGAAAACUCGGCAUUCAUUCCAUCCAAGGUGUCUUCACAAAGCCAGGCGCGAUUGACCGGCCAUUCGUCUAUCAAGUGGCAAAUGUCCACUCAAGUCGUUCAUUCGCAACCAAGUUCGUCCAGGCACGGCAGCCUACAGAGGCCUCGAGUGUUCCCAACGGCCCUUUUCCAGAGUCUGAUGCGAACCGGCCGUUGGGUCCCGUCACCUUUGCCUGUCUCACGACAUUCAAGCGUCCUGCGCCAUCGCCCGCAGAGCUGCAGAUGAAAGGGUCGGCGCAGGAGCGCUAUGCUGAUAUCCUCUCGCAGCGAGCGCCUGAGGAGUGGGAUGCCAGUCCUCAGCUGGAUGUCGAUGCUGUCACGGCGCUGUUCCCCAACGCUGGUCACGGCGGCUUCCCUAUGCUGGACAUGUACAAGGUCGACAUGAGAGCCUACAACGCCGACAAAGAGGUCCCAGAACGACGCGAACUACUCUUAUAUCGGCCAUACAAGCCGAUUCCCGAAGACGAUGCCAAUGCACACAUUGUGGUACACGCCUUUGAAGCAGAUCGCAACGGGCUCAUUAUGCUCACCAAUGCCCUCGGCUGGGGUUACAACCUCGGCUCUGCGGCGAGCUUGUCAUACUCGCUUUACGUUCACGUUAAUGCUGAUGAGGCGGUCAUGAAGGGAGAUGGAUGGUGGAUUCAGGAGGUUUACUGGCCGAGAGUUAGUGCAGGAAGAGGCAUGAUGGAGAGCAGGAUAUGGAGUCCUGAGGGGAAGCACGUGGCCAGCGGAUAUCAAGACGGAAUAGCGAUGCCUAGGGCGAAGAAGGCGAAGAAGAAGACUGAAGAGAAGCUGUAA